AUGACGGAAGCAAAGCUGAUCAAUUUGACGGACAAAAGCUCGUGGGGCUAUCUCACGUUCAAGAAGCGGCUGCCCCAAUACGUGGGCGACGUUAUCCGCGAUGGUGCCCAACAUCUGCCACCUCUUGCCAUUGAAAAUCUCCAAAAAUUGAAAGAGGAGAUUGAAAAUGCGGGGGUGAUUAAGCCGAUUCAAGCGAGCAGCGAAGAGGAGCGCACCGCGUGUGAGGACGUUGAGGAGUGGAAGGAGUACAUGCGGGAGCACGAGGGCAAGCGAUGGGACGAGCUCCCGUUCUACUGGCUCGAGGCGUACUACUACCGACGCAUGCUGCAGGAGAGUCAAUACUUUUUGAACAAGUAUGAUGUUUUCUCGCGCACCAAGCUCGACGGCAUCACCGAGUCGCUGCACGUCAUGAAGAGCAUCGCGCUCGCUCUUGUCGAUAUCCUCCAGCGCGCGCAAUCCGAUGCCAGCGUGGUCGAGGAAGCGGUCGAGCUGUUCGUGCUGCGCUCGCUUUGGGGCAACAAGGCCGACCUUUCUCUGUUCUCGGUCUCCGAGGACCCGCUGGCGCUCGUCCAUCAAAAGCUGAGCAAGGGGGACAGUGCGGCAGACGAGGCGGGAGCGGCCGAGGAGAUGAAGUACCUGCUGGUGGACGAAUCGCCGCAAGUGCUGCGGCACCUGCUGCAGCUUCGGGACGCGAAGGAGAGGAAGCGCGUCGACAUCAUUUUGGACAACAGCGGGCUCGAGCUCUUCAGCGACCUGUGCUUCGCACACGCGCUCACCGAGCUCCUCGGCGCCGAAGUGCACCUGCACACCAAGAGAGAUCCCAUGUUCGUGUCGGACGCCAUGCCGAAGGACAUCUACCAACUCAUCGACGCCCUGGAAGAGGCAGCCAAGAACUCGGAUGAGACCAGAGCUGCCGACUUGGCGGGUAUGGCGCAGAAGUGGCGCCACUUCAUCGAAGCCGGCCAGUGGAAGCUGCGACCCCACCGGUUCUGGAACUCGGCCCUGUUCUUCGAUCGGCUGGAGGCCAAGUUCCCCGAUCUGUACCACGACCUGCACCAGAGCCGCAUGGCCUUUGUCAAGGGCGACGCCAACUACCGACGGCUGGUGGGCGACUACUACUACCCGCACACCACCUCCUUCGUCUCGCUCGCCUCCUACUUCCCGACUCACGUUGUCGCCCUUCGCGUAUUGAAGUCGGAGGUCGCUGUGGGCAUGGCUCCCGGGCAGGCCGAGGCCGUGGCCAAGAAGGACGCGCAGUGGCUGGUCGAUGGCAAGUGGGCCACCAUCCACUACGCUCCCGGUAGAGGCCAGUGA